AUGUCCACCGCUUCAUCCAACGCUGUCCCGCCGGGCAAGGCCCUUACCUCGGCUCUGAGAAAUCUCGAGAAAUUCAUCAACAGUCGGCCACACACUUGGGGGAAAGAUAAGAGCGACGACAAGGUUUUGUUUGUUACGGCUUCGUACUCUCUCAUUGAUCUCCUCGCCCGAGACCCGAAAUAUGACCCAUACCGGAAGAAGGAGUACCUGGGAGAUGCCAUUUUUCUCUGGCUCAAGUACCUUGCCAAGCGCGAAGGGCUCAGAAAGGACCCCGAAACUGUCAACCUCGCACGCUUCAAGCACCAGGUGUUCCAAGUCCCCAUUGACGUCCCGCUCCUGUCGGGCAAGGCUUACAACCCCCAUCCCUCUCUCUCUGGACCCCAGGAACGCUCGCCUAGCGCUGCACCCACCAAUCUUCCACCAUCCACCGGCAAGCGACCUGCGCCUCCAGUCCCCAAGCCUCAGCCAACAAAUCGGAGUAAAGUUAACGAUGUCGAUGAAGAAACUUCACCGACGGAGUCUGCGAAGGCAGGAGGCUCAAAGAACACAUCCACGAGUAGGACUGGGAAGGGAAAACAAGCUUCUCGGGCAGGGGAUGGUGAGGACAGCUCGAUGGAGGUUGACGAGAACGAGAGUGCCCCUAAAAGGAAGGCAAAGAAGAUCAAGGCGGACGAUGGCCCGUCUUGGAACUCCAAGGACGACACCGACGACUCCUACCGCGAAAGCGACGAUGACGCCGACGAAACCGACUCGGAUAAACCAAAGGCAAUCAAGAAGGAUCUCGCCAAGAAGAAGGCGUCGACGUCGAAGGGUCCUUCGGUCCCUGUUAAACGCACAAGAGCCGACGACGAUGGCAACGCUGGGGCUGCCAAGAGGAGUAAGCCUAACGUCCCCGAUGGCUAUUACGAGGCGUCGAAACCAUGCGACACAUGCCGUGACAAAGGGUUGACUUGCUUCAUUUCGAAGCCAAGGGUGGCUUGCUACAGUUGUAAACCCCCGGGCCAGAAACGUGUUGCGACUUGUAACUUUAGCGCUCGCAGGAGGAAGGCUCAGAACGACGACGGGGCAAAGGAUGACCGCCUCCCAGAGGACGUCACAGAGGACGUCUCCACGGUGAAUGGCGAUGAUCCCGAAGAGGAAGAGCCGACCUCAGCCUCGGCUAUCAAGCGCUCUCGCCAAGAUCCUGCCGCUAACGCCAAACACCAAGCCAAGAAUGGACAAUUCUCCCCUCCACCCCGAAACAGUCUCGACGUUGUGGCCGAACACGCGUGGCUACAGUCUAUGUCUCGGCAAGCCAAGGACUCUGCCUCAGCCGUCUCGGGCACCAGCACCAACCAGAAAGGCGCUAAGUCGGAUUCGAUGAGCGUUGUCAGCGCCUCAGGAGACCCCGCCAGUGCUGUCGCCAGUACAACGAACUCUAAUUCCAAUGACAAGGCAAGCAGUCUCAGUCGCGUCGCUCCUGCUGCCCUCGUCGAGUUCUCUUCGCCCAACAUCGAGAGAAUGGUCACACGCCUUCUCAUGGAGAACGCUCGUCAGCAGGCGUCCAUUAACUACCUCACAGCCACUCUAGAGGUCCUUUUGGAGGACGCCAAGGAAUACGAAGCCAUCCUCGCCACUGCCGCUACCCAGGAUGCCAGGAUCAAAACGUUGGAAGCGCAGAUAGAUUCUGCCGAGAAGGAGAUCCAGCGUAUACACAAGGAUCGCGAAAACGAUGCCAAGGUUCUUACCGACCAGAACAACGUAAACACGGAACGCAUUCAAGGCCUCGCAGCGACAGUGGCUGUCGUCAACAACUGGGUGGCUUCCAAGAUAAAGGCUGAACUUGGCACUGCUUUCGUACCCCCAACCGAGACCACUAUCAACGGUAUCCAUAUCCCGAUGCCCCUGGCGACGACUGGUUCAACUUCCCCCAACUCUGGCCCGGUCACUCCCAACCCAGCAUCGAACGUUGACUGCUCUAAUGGGAGUUCGACCAACCCCCCUCCUCCUCAACACCGUGUUAUCGACGACGAACACUCUGGUGAUAAAGGGGAAAUGCUGCAGUACAUCAAAUACCCAGAGGAGGGUCCCUCCAGCGCAGGUGUAGACGCUCAAUCGACCUUCCUGCACCAGAAUGGCCUUCAGGAAACAGAGGAGGUCGAACGACUUAUGCGCGAGGGGGUAAGUAGCACUUAA